AAGCUCUCACUCCUUCCUCUCCUCUCUGGCCGGCCGUCUCUCUCUUCCGGAGUAAACAAAAACAGCAAGGGAGGAAAGGAGAAAAGCUCACACCACCCAACACCAUAUAGUUAUUACUCAUCUCUUCCCCGGGAGCUAGAGCUAGCUGGUCCAGGACGCAGCAAAUCCAGGAACCCGGUUCCCCGCAUCGAUCCGCAGCAGCAGCAGCAGCAGCAGGAGUAAUCCGGGGGAGGAGGAGCAGCAGAUCCAGAGAGGGCCGCGGCCGCCGACGCCGCAAGGAGCCAUGGCCGGUGCGCCGGCGUACACAGGCGCCGCAGUAGUGCUCCUCCUGUUCGUCCUCGCCAUAUCCGGCUCAGCCGCCGACACCUCGCCCGAGGAACCCACAUUGCCUUCCUCCUCCGCCUCCGCAGCCGCCGUGGACGCCGCAACGGCCGUCGUCAACGGGUCCGGCGCGGGGAUCAGCUCCAACUCGGUCCUUGUGGCGCUGCUGGACUCGCACUACACGGAGCUGUCGGAGCUGGUGGAGAAGGCCCUGCUGCUCCAGACCCUGGAGGACGCCGUGGGGCGCCACAACGUGACCAUCUUCGCGCCCCGGAACGAGGCCCUGGAGCGGGACCUCGACCCGGAGUUCAAGCGCUUCCUCCUCGAGCCCCGCAACCUGAAAUCGCUCCAGUCGCUGCUCCUCUUCCACGUCCUCCCCUCCCGCCACCCCGCCGCCUCCUGGCCCGCCUCCGCCGCCCACCCCACGCUCUCCGGCGAGGACCUCGAGCUCGCCGCCGGCUCCAACGGCUCCAUGCGCGUGGCGCACGCGUCCGUCACGCGCCCCGACGCCGUGCUCCGGCCCGACGGCGUCAUCCACGGCAUCGAGCGCCUCCUCGUCCCCCGCUCCGUCCAGGAGGACUUCAACCGCCGCCGCAGCCUCGCCGCGAUCUCCGCCGUGCUCCCUACGGGCGCGCCCGAGGUGGACCCGCGGACGCACCGGCUCAAGAAGCCGGCGCCACCCGUCCUCCCCGGUGCUCCCCCCGUGCUCCCCGUCUGGGACGCCAUGGCCCCCGGCCCGUCCAUCGCGCCUGCCCCCGCCCCCGGCCCCAACUCCGGGAAGCUCCACUUCGACGGGCACAGCCAGGUCAAGGACUUCAUCCAGACCCUCGUCCUCUACGGCGGCUACAACGAGCUCGCCGACAUCCUCGUCAACCUCACCUCGCUCGCCACCGAGAUGGGCCGCCUCGUCUCCGAGGGCUACGUGCUCACCGUGCUCGCCCCCAACGACGAGGCCAUGGCGCGCCUCACCACGGACCAGCUCAGCGAGCCGGGAUCGCCCGAGAACAUCCUCUACUACCACAUGAUCCCCGAGUACCAGACCGAGGAGAGCAUGUACAACGCCGUGCGCCGCUUCGGGAAGGUCCGCUACGACACGCUCCGGCUGCCCCACAAGGUCGUCGCCAGGGAGGCCGACGGCUCCGUCAAGUUCGGCCAGGGAGAAGGCUCCGCCUACCUCUUCGACCCGGACAUCUACACGGACGGCAGGAUCUCGGUGCAGGGCAUCGACGCCGUGCUGCUCCCGGAGGAUGACACGAAGAAGACCUCGACGACGACGCCCGCCGCCCCCGUCAGGAAGGCGCCCGCCGUCACCGGCAAGAGCAAGAACAAGCUCCGGCGAGGCAAGUUGAUGGAAGCAACGUGCCAUAUGGCUGGCAUCUUUGGUCAGCGGUCGCGAUUAACAAGCUGCCAGUAGACGGGAAGGAAAAAAAGAAGAAUGGAAAGGUUGAUCUCAUGACACCGAACCGCGAACUGAAAUGAUGAGGUGAUGGGCUGUGCUGGAGCCGUCCACGAUAUUGUUCUUUUCUUCUUCUUUUUUGGGGGGGGUUAUUAUAUUAUGAAUAAUGGUAUCAGGUGGGGAAUGUAAAACUGGUGGUUGUUGGUGUGUCCGGAGAAGGAAAUUGUUUAUACUCGAAUGCCAAGAUCUUCUGUGUAUAGGAAUUGAAACGUUUUUUCUUUCUUUCUGUUUCUCGGUCGUCAUUCUUUUGCUUUAUUCUUAUUUUGUCGGUGGGAAAUUAAUGUCGUGUGAAAGGUUGCAUUUCA